AAAAGCUGGGCCCAUCGGCACCGGGCGGUUUCCAUGGUUACCUGAGAUCACACAAGCUGGAUGCUGCAGAGAUGAGCCGCCUUUAAACGGCACUAGCUGAAGAUCUUUCAACCAUGCCAGUCCGAAGAGGUCAUGUUGCGCCCCAGAAUACAUUUCUUGGAGUAAUCAUACGAAAAUUCGAAGGACAAAACAAGAAAUUCAUCAUAGCAAAUGCCAGGGUGCCCAACUGUGCCAUCAUCUACUGCAAUGACGGCUUCUGCGAGAUGACGGGCUACUCGCGGCCAGACGUGAUGCAGAAGCCCUGCACCUGUGACUUCCUGCACGGCGAGCUCACCAAGCGCCAUGCCAUCUCCCAGGUGGCCCAGGCACUGAUGGGCUCCGAGGAGCGGAAGGUGGAGAUCACCUACCACCGCAAGGAUGGUUCCGACUUUCUGUGCAACACACACAUAAUCCCGGUGAAGAACGAGGAGGGCGUGGUGAUGAUGAUCAUCAUCAACUUCGACUACGUGCUCUUCGAUGGCAGCAGUGACUCUCUGGAGCACUACCCUGUCACACCGCCAGCAAAGGCUGAGAACCGUGAAUUUUUCCGCUUCCGCCUGCCAGCCCUCAGCCUCCUGGGCACCAGCAAGCAGUCGCUCCCCCAGGAGGAUCCGGACACGGUCAUGAUCGACUCGCCCAAAGACAGCGAGGACUCGGUGGCCAUGAGGGACUUCCGCUCGCCCACCAAGGACAGCUGCAGCCCCGCCAAGGCCAACGACACGCUGGCGCUCAUCGGCUCCAGCCUGCCGUCCUCGCCCAUCAGCGUGACCAGCCCGGUCAACCACUCGUCCCCCAAGCAGGACGCGUGGGACAGGCGCAGCUCCACGCUGCUCCAGUCCACCACCUGCUUGGCCCAGGUUCCGUCCCGCGACAGCCUGUACAGUCGGAGGCGAGCUUCCUCGGUGCACGACCUCGAGAGCUUCAGCGCCAACACCAAGCGGGUGUUCAGGCACACGGGGUCAGUGGAUUGUGUGUGUCUGUGUGUUCCAGGUCCAUUCAACCAUCUCAAAUCCAGCCUGUUGGGCUCCACCUCCGACUCCAACAUCAACAAGUACAGCACCAUCAACAAGAUUCCGCUCAUUGCCCUCAAUUUCAACGACGCCAAUGACAAGAAGGCCCCAUCCCCACCGUCCUCAGAGAAAACCAUCAUUGCCCCCAAAGUCAAAGAUCGAACACACAAUGUGACAGAGAAAGUGACGCAGGUCUUGUCUUUAGGUGCUGACGUGCUGCCCGAGUACAAACUCCAGACGUCUCGCAUCGACAAGUUCACCAUCCUGCACUACAGCCCGUUCAAGGCGGUGUGGGACUGGCUCAUCCUGCUGCUGGUCAUCUACACGGCCAUCUUCACGCCCUACUCGGCCGCCUUCCUGCUCAACGACCGCGAGGAGCAGAAGCGGCGCGAGUGCGGCUACUCGUGCAGCCCGCUCAACGUGGUGGACCUGAUGGUGGACAUCAUGUUCAUCAUCGACAUCCUCAUCAACUUCCGCACCACCUACGUCAACCUGAACGAGGAGGUGGUCAGCCACCCGGCCAAGAUCGCCAUCCACUACUUCAAGGGCUGGUUCCUCAUCGACAUGGUGGCCGCCAUCCCCUUCGACCUGCUCAUAUUUGGGUCGGGAUCCGACGAGACCACCACGCUGAUCGGCCUGCUGAAGACGGCGCGGCUGCUGCGUCUGGUGCGCGUGGCCCGCAAGCUGGACCGCUACUCUGAGUACGGCGCCGCCGUGCUCAUGCUGCUCAUGUGCAUCUUCGCGCUCAUCGCCCACUGGCUGGCCUGCAUCUGGUACGCCAUCGGCAACGUGGAGAAGCCCUACCUGGAGCACAAGAUCGGCUGGCUGGACAACCUGGGCGUGUCCAUCGGCAAGCGCUACAACCACAGCGACCCGGCGUCGGGGCCGUCCGUCAAGGACAAGUACGUGACGGCGCUCUACUUCACCUUCAGCAGCCUGACCAGCGUGGGCUUCGGCAACGUCUCGCCCAACACCAACUCCGAGAAGAUCUUCUCCAUCUGCGUCAUGCUCAUCGGAUCGCUCAUGUACGCCAGCAUCUUCGGGAACGUGUCGGCCAUCAUCCAGCGGCUGUACUCGGGCACGGCGCGCUACCACAUGCAGAUGCUGCGGGUGAAGGAGUUCAUCCGCUUCCACCAGAUCCCCAACCCCCUGCGCCAGCGCCUGGAGGAGUACUUCCAGCACUCCUGGACCUACACCAACGGCAUCGACCUCAACACGGAGGUGCUUAAAGGUUUCCCCGAGUGUCUGCAGGCGGACAUCUGCCUGCACCUCAACAAUAACGUGCUGGAGGAGUGCAAGGCCUUCCGGGGGGCCACCAAAGGCUGUCUGCGCGCGCUGGCCAUGCACUUCAAGACCACCCACUGCCCGCCCGGCGACACGCUGGUCCAUUCCGGCGACGUGCUCACCGCCCUCUACUUCCUGUCGCGCGGCUCCAUCGAGAUCGUUAAGGAUGACAUCGUGGUCGCCAUCCUCGGGAAGAACGACAUCUUUGGGGAGAUGAUCCACCUCUAUGCAAAGCCAGGGAAGUCCAACUCAGAUGUACGGGCCCUGAGUUACUGUGACCUGCACACCAUCCAGAGGGAGGAACUGUUAGAAGUGCUGGACAUGUACCCAGAAUUUUCCGACCACUUCCUCACCAACCUGGAGCUCACGUUCAACCUUAGAGACGAGAACGCUAAGAACACGUACUCACAAGGCAGUGAUUCAGAUGGAGAAGAUACCAAGAGCCGAAGAAAAAUUUCUUUCAAGCGCAAGUCAUCUAAAGGGGAGAGCAACAAGGAAGCGGAGAGCGACUCCAGGAAAGACAGGGAGUCGUACGCCGGCUCCAAGAGGGGAUCGGAGGACAGGAGGCACUCCAGGGACAGUCAGCAGCAGCAGCAACAGCCACCACAGCAGUCACUGCCGCCUGGGUUCCCCAGCUCGGGGAUUCUGGGAUAUCCCUCGGUCCAGGAUUACGCCCUCACCCCAGACUAUAGCUACACCAGCGACACCCAAGCGAGAGACGUCACGGAGAAAAAACAGGUUGACAAAGCGGUGGAUGAGUGGGCCUGUGAAAAGCCCAGGGACCUCCUGCAGGAAAUGGUGCAGUCUCCCGACGCGCAAGCAGCCGACGACUCGGGCAGCGAGAUCACCUACGGAGAGGUGGAGCAUCGCCUGGACCAGCUCCAGGAGCACCUGAACAGGCUGGAGUCUCAGAUGACAUCGGACAUCCAGACCAUCCUGCAGCUGCUCCAGAGGCAGUCGUCCAUGGGCCCCCCGGCCUACAGCACGGUGACGGCCAGCCCAGAGUACAAGAGGCCCGCCAUCCGGGUGCAGCCCAUCGCUGCCAUCAUGACUGCCCAGUCCCCCAGUCAGCCAACACAGAACACUGAUUUCUUCAGCGUGGCACAGCUCCCUCAGAACCCCAAAGAGUCACCGUCAGGCCUGGUCCCCCUGGACAGCGCAGCGCCCCCCGAUGACCCCCUCUCAGCGCUGCUGGCCGGGGACGCCUCCGUGGACCACAGACACUCUUCCCUGCAGACUGCCCUCCUCAAGCAGCAGCACUCCCAGCCCAUGCUACCCAUCCAGCCACCCUCCUCCUCAUCCUCCUCUUCCUCCUCCUCCUUAGAGCCAUCGCCCAGUGCAGGGGCAGCAGGACUCCACAGACCCCCGUCUGACCCUGCGCUCAUGAGGAAGUAG